AUGACAAGAGUGAAACCAGGAGAGCGAAAGCGCGCUAAAACUUCCAAAGAGUAUGUCACAGUUAGCACAGAACAUGGUAUAUCCACUGGCCGCAAAUGCGACGGGUAUCAAACAUCACCGACUCCAAAAACAUCCCCAACAUGCCUUAUUACCACAUACAAGAGCCCUGUAGAGGCAGAGUCGCUUCAGUUCUUUACCGAAAAGACCAUUGGCAAUUUCCAAACCUUCUUUCUCGACAAUCUAUGGAGUACCAAGAUUCUGCAAGUAGCACAAGACCAAGACUGCAUAAGAAACGGGCUGUUAGCCUUGUCCCAAUUUCAUCGCCUCUAUCUCACCCAUCAACAGUGGCAGAAGGUCGACUCGGUACCUGCGUUGAAGCAUUACAAUUCCGCGAUCAGCGAGCUGUUAGCACCAUCUCCUGACAUCCAAGGACAUGUUCUUAUACUUUCUUGUCUGAUAUUCAUUUGUAUCGAGGGAGAGACUGAGUCAGCGAUCUGUCUAUUCAAGUAUGGUUGCAGCAUGAUUCGACAGCAUAGAAGCAAAAUAGAGAAAGCCCCUUGCUCUGAUGUCGAAGAAACAAUCAAACUUGCGGAGGCAUGCUUUAAGAGAAUAGCAGUCCAGUUCCUGACACUAAUGGCGGAUAAUGAUCCUGCACUUUGGUUGUUAUUCUACAACACCUUCGGCAAUACUUUUACCCUCAAGGAAAGCUCCUUCACAUGCCUCGCCGAUGCAAGAGAAUCACUACUCGAUAUUCUAGUUGAGCAGGCCAGCCCCGGGUUGAAAGGCAAAUCGGCUCGUGACAUCAUGGCCCAUUCUGUCAAAGUUACUCGAUGGGGCGAAUUGUUCGACGCACUUCUUCUGAAACAGACCAACUGCGGAACACCGCCCACUGAUACUGAAAUUCGAACGAUUGCCCUUCUUCAACUUCACCGUAAAUACUCGGAAAUAAACGUCGCAAAGUACAUCCACGGACAAGGUGAUCCGUGUUUUUGGGAUAACUUCACCACCAAGUUUAGCGAGAUUAUCGACUACGCUGCCACAGCCGCCGGCCUCGACCAAGACUACGCGAAACGGAACUGGGACACAGACUCUUCACCCAAAGCGUACUUUCACAUAGAUCUUGGCUUCACCUCUGUGCUGAUAUCAGUCAUUGCCCGAUGCCGCGACCCAUUUGUUCGGAGAAAGGCUCUUGCAGUGAUGUUAGCCUGCAGAGUACAAGAGGGUGCCUUUAACGGUUCUCAAUCUGCGCGUGUAGCUGCGAGAGUGAUGGAGCUUGAAGAGAUGAGGAGUGGGAAGGAGGUCAAGUGCAGCAGCGAUAUUCCCCAUGAAGCAAGAGUAAGGACAAUACGGGUGCAUUUACAGCGAAGUGAAGAUGCAAAGAUGAGAGUCGUGUAUAAAUUCUCACAAGGGUGUUUUGAAGAGGAGAGAAGUAUGAUUGAAUAA